AUGCUUCCACCGCAACUCCGGCAGGGUGCUGUUGUCUCUCGAGCCAUCCCAACCAUCACCCUCGCACUGAAAGUAUCCACUCCAUCCCUCCUCCACACUCGAGGCUUCUGGUCCUGGCGUCGGCACGAUUGGUCAUCCCACCUCGACCCCGCCUACCACCGCUACAACCGCGUCCGCACCAUCAAGACUCGCGCCAAACUGCUCAAGAGCCUCCGCCGCCGCGGCAAGUUCGACUGGGACGUCGACUACCAGCCCUUCUUCACCCCGCGCCUCGUCCGCUGCGCUAGUCAUUGGGAUGGAAGCGGCAAGAGACGGACCUGGUCUCUCGAUGGCGAAGAGGAGAAGAGGAAGACUAAGGACAUAAGCGUGGAAGAGAAGGGAUUUGAGUUGAGUCAGCGUGAGAAGGAGUGGCGGGAUAAGCUGGCGGCGAUGAGGAAACGACUUGACAAGGAUCCUUAUGAGGCCAUCUUUGGGAAGCGUUUCGAGCCCUUCUGGGGCCCGCUCGUCCCGAGUUGGAUGAGAGAAGAGAUGGGUUUGCAGGGCUGGCCGAAGAAGGAAGUGCCCAAAGCCACCGCCGACCAAGCAGAGGCCGUCAAAAUCGUCAAAAACGAGACAGCGGACAAGGCUAAGCCGAAGGAGCCCAAGACAGCAGCAGGUCCGACAACUUCCGCCCCUCCUGCUCCGACGGAGAAGACACCGGCCAACUCUUACUCAUACGCUUCUUCCACUUCUUGGGACUCGUGGACGAACAAGACUAAGCGGGUAGAGUGGGACUCUGUCUCCAGACAGACGAGGCGCUACGAGUACGAUCCCAUUUCCAAUCGGAUGGUGCAAGUCGAGGCGCCCAAAUCGGAAGCACUGAAAUCAGUCGAACUACCGACAUCCCACAGCAACGCUGUUCCCGUUCAAAAGGAUGAAGGCAAUGUCAAGACUACCAAGUCCGAACCCACCAAGAUUCCCGUCCAGCAAUCCUCUGAAGUGCGUAAAUCCAUUCCCAUUCCACCUCCGCAGUUUCAUCCAUAUCCUGGCAGCCCCGUUGCAUUCGGCAGAUCCACCGUCACCUCUCUCGGUCCACUCAAGAGCACGGCACUUGCUCCAGGUGUGGCCAAGCCAUCCGCUUUGGCCAAGCUGCCGGAGAAGGAACCAUCCAAAGACAAAGACGUGGACAACCUCACUGCCGAUGAUGUCCGUGCCUCCAUGCGGAAGACAAAGCAGCAGCCUUCUCCAGCAACGGGAUUGGAGGGCCGGGCUGCCGACCUCGAAACCAUCAGCAAUGGCCUCAAGUCCAAGCUCAGCGGCAUGCACGUGGAAAAGAAUCCGCCCUCACAAUGGGAUCAAGCCGAGAUGGGUGUGAUGCUCGACAAGGAGCUCGAGACUCUGAAGAAGAAGAAAGAGAAACUGGCCAGAGACGAGAAGGGCCUCUUUCACAUUGAGCGGCAGAAGAAGGAGCUGAUGAAAUUGGACGAGAGGAUUAAAGAGGUCACGGCUCGGGUUGAGAAGCUGGGCGUUGAGAUUGAUGCGGAGCAAACUAAGCCUGCUGCUGCUUCGACGGUCAAGGCGGUCGGACUCCAGUCCUCACUCGAUCGCAUGCAGUCGAAGGACUUGCCUCAGGCUCUGGACUUGGAUGACUCGGCCGCGCACGAAUCCACCGAGUCCUUUGGUGCUUUCAAGGGCGUUCCGAGAGGCUGGGAACAGCAGGCGGAGCUGUUGCAAGCCGAUCGCGUGCGUAGAACUGCCUCGAAACGACCAUAUCCUUCCACACCUCCCAUGAGAUGGGCGGAGGACAUGCAAGCCCGCAAGACAGCGUACGAAGCCCAGGAAGCGCUAGUAGAGCAAGAGUCCGAAGAAGUAUCCGCAGCUGCCGACCGAAGAGCCAAGCUGGAGAAAGCCAACAAGAUCCUUGAGGCAGAAGUUGCCGAGCAGAAAUUGAAGAUGCAACAAUACGAGACGCGCUACUCGCACAAGCUGCGCACUUUGAAAGAGGAACUGGAUAUUGCGUACAAACAGAGCACUGUGCACGCUGAAAAGCACCUGGAGCGCGUGCGCUUCCUAGAACAGGAGCUUGGGAAGGCGCAGAAGGCUGUUGGAGAUACGCCAUCGGUAGCGUCGGAGAGCAAAGUGGCGAAGUUGAUGGAUGAGGCUAAGCAGAAGAGGAAGCAGAAGGAGCUGGAGAGGGCAGAGCAGAAGGCUAAAGAUCAGAGAUUGGUCAAAGAGGUGAAGGAGAUCUAUGAGAAGGCUUAUGGAAGAAUUGACGACAAGCAUCGGCAGCCACUGAUCGAGCAAAAGAAGCCUGCUCUGUGUGCUCCUGCUCCUGAGAAGAAGCAAAGGCAGGUAGUGGAGGUGGAGUCAGACGUGGAUCUUGGCGAGGCUCUGGCAAGGUACGAAAAGGAGGCGCCCUACAACGGCCCGAAGUCGAGCGUGGAGAACGAAAUUGCUCUCAAAGAGAAAGAGUUCUACGAAGCGCAGCGAACUCCCUUCGACAUGGGCAUCAAAGAGUCCAGCAACGCAAAGAUCGUCAACGACUCGCUGCCGAAACUCAUCCCAACGGAGCUAUCUAACUCAGGAACCGCGCCAAUUCCCGAAGAACCCACCACCCCCACAUCAUCGACAAACACAAGAACAAUCCAAUGGCAACAACCCCCACUUUACAAAGUGCUCGCCUACGACUCCGGCAACGACAUCAUGACGACAGCCGAUACCACUUCCACCUUCACCACUUCCGAGUCCCCGAUCAGCAUCCCGCAGGCGCUGUCGCAACUCUACCAGCCGGCCAGGUUCGUGCCGUACUUUGCCGAUUUGCAGAAGAGCGGGUAUCAGGUGAUUUUCGGCACGAAGGACUUGUUGGUUUUCAGGAAGGUGCAGGCUGAAGCUGAAGCUGCUGCUGCUGGAGCUGUUGCCCCGGAGGCGAGCAGCAUUGGAAUGGAAGAUCACGGGCUAUUCAACAGCACCGAUCAACCAACACCCACCUCCGCAACUUCGCAAGUCACGCCUAACCCAGCCGUAGACGACGGCAUCUUCGAAGACCCGGACCUCGAAUGGCGCCACUAUCCCCGCGUCCGCCGGAUCGAACAACACUUCACCGGCGCCCGCCGGCGCUGGAACACCGGAAACCCGUACCAGAAGCGGCUCCAGCAGCUGCAGCAGCGCGCUGAAGAACGGGCUAAGGGCGAGCGGGCAGGCAGGAAGCGCGGGGAGAGGAGCUCGGUGAGGUGGAUUUUGGGCGUCGGGGCCGGCGCGGCGACGGUGAUGUAUGUUGUUGGUGCGGCGGCGGAGAAGGCGAGGGAGAGUGCGGAUCGGGAUGAGUGGGUGCGACGCGCUGCGGAGAUGGAGAGACGGAAGGGGAACUGA